AGAGCAUGCGUCAAAAGAUGCAAACGAAAUUCUUCAAAUAGCGGAGAAAACCAUUUCUUUAAAAAAAAAAGAUAGCAAGUUCUAUGCACAAGUUUUCUCAGUGCUUUCUAAUUCACAAAGAAGUCUGUCUUUUCUUGAGUUGCAUAUUUCUGCAACAGGAUAAAGGAAACCGAUUGAUAAACUUGCAUGGAGCUGGCUAUUCACUCACUUUUUUCUGCUAAUGUGCAGCGGCGAAGCGCCGGGUUGUUGGUAAGGAGCGUGAGCGGGCGGGGGGCUCACACAAGUAAGUGAAGGACCCCCGUAGGGUCUUUCUGAAGUGUGGCCCACACACGGCCAGGGGGGAAAGAAAAGGGGGGGAUAAGGGGAGCCUUAGCCCACUUAGAAUCGAAUUAUAAACCGGCGUGGCGCUGCUGGAUGCUUCUAAUCAAUAGAACAGGAAGAGGAGUCAGCCAAAAAGAAAGACCACCAAAAGUUACGACCACCAAGAUACGCAUAGUGAUUCGAUCUUUUGAUCACCCAUUUUUUGAAAACCAUUUUUGGGGGCUUCCACCUUACACACGGAAGAUUGGAUUGCCUGAAUCAUGAGUCUUAUAUACUGUGUUACGAUCACCUCAUAUUGAUAAAAAGUCCAGAGAACAAUUUGAAAUGGAAAUCAAGAAACAAUUUCUGGUCAUAAAAACAGAAACGCAUGAAUUGCGCAAGAAGUUCUUUCGGUUAAAACGCCGUGCGACUCGGAGGACAUAAGACUUCUUGGUCAAGCCAAAAAGAUUGCCGACAGGAUGCUCCUACCCCACCAUGCCUGGCCCUUUACCUUACCUUAAGAAGAAAGAGGGGGGUAUGAAGCGUGGGAAACAUUGCAAGAAGUGUAUGAUACAACAGGUAACCUUAAGGAGUGGCGGUAAAACUCUUGAUUGAUCAACGCGAGUGAACUGUGCUUAGACGCUUCGUAAAACCGCACCGAUCUACGAGAGGAGCUGAUGGAUGAGUAGGCUUCUCCUUUCGAUUCACGGAAUGUGAUCUGGGACACGAUGGGAGUUUGCGUGCCUCGGUAGGAAAGAGAUCACCGGAGUAUAGCACAAGAUCACCUUUUCUUGCUGCCAUGGGGUCGACCUGUGAACAAGGUAAACCCAAUGGGAACCAAAAAAUGGGAGGGUACCGCAUUGGGCAGAAGACGAUCCAAAAAGCGAAGGCUCACCCAGCUGAAGGAAGGAGCUUUGACUUAACGCCCUUAUUAUUAUUCAAAGGGGAAAGGGUGGUCGUAGAUCAGGCUGAUCUUUGAUCAGAAGUGCUCUACGAUCAGACUGAUUGUAAAUCAGGGUGCUCCCCUACAAUCUUAGGCUUAAGCAAGCAGGCUGAUUGUAAAUCCGCUUUUUCUCCGAGAGGGCUAUCUUACUAAAAAGUUGAAAGGGCGUGAGAUAGGCGACAGGUAGCUUGCUUCCAAGCCGAUAGGAUAGGCGACGGCCCGGGCGUAGAAGCAAGUCGCCAGAAGCUUUCGGUAGCUUGCUUCUAAGCCGGCCCGGCCGCGGGGAAUCAAGAGAUCUUUGCCGGUGCUGACUUGGAUCUCGGGUGACGGAAUAAGGCGGCCAGAAGCGACGAGCAGUCGCGGUCGAAGCUUGGCUCUAGCUUUAGAUUAGUAAGGCUAGUAGUAAGCUUGGCUACAGCGAAGCGCUUACCAAGCGCGAAGGAAAGGGCCUUCGCCACUUGAGCCGUAUGCGGGGGAACUCGCACGUGCAGUUCUUAGGGGGGGGAGAGCUAGUAGGAGCCAUCCUAUCCCAAUAGCGUAUAUUUGGAGCUCAAUAUGAAAUCCUAUUUUAUUGCAAGACCCGUUCGGAUAAGGGAAAACUCCAGAGAUUGCUUCGAAGUAAGAUCCUUGCGUUGACCCUUUCCUGAACCAGAACCGGGGGGGAGGGGUGAUAGGAAAGGGGGAUCAAAAUGUCCCAUAUUUUAAGUGAGGGCUUUUCGGACCUUCGGAACCUCCCUUUUUUUCCAUGCUUUCCGUUGGUCAACAACCACAACUCACUAUAGUUCUUCACUACUCGUACAGGCUUGACGGAGUUAAGCUGUCUGGAGGGAAUCAUUUUUUCUCAAUCAAGAAUGCCUCAACUGGAUAAAUUCACUUAUUUCACACAAUUCUUCUGGUCAUGCCUUUUCCUCUUUACUUUCUAUAUUCCCAUAUGCAAUGAUGGAGAUGGAGUACUUGGGAUCAGCAGAAUUCUAAAACUACGGAACCAACUGGUUUCACACCGGGGGAACAACAUCCGGAGCAACGACCCCAACAGUUUGGAAGAUAUCUUGAGAAAAGGUUUUAGCACCGGUGUAUCCUAUAUGUACUCUAGUUUAUUCGAAGUAUCCCAAUGGUGUAACGUCGUCGACUUAUUGGGAAAAAGGAGUCAAAUAACAUUGAUCUCUUGUUUCGGAGAAAUAAGUGGCUCACGAGGAAUGGAAAGAAACAUAUUCUAUUUGAUCUCGAAGUCCUCAUAUAGCACUUCUUCCAAUCCUGGAUGGGGGAUCACUUGUAGGAAUGACAUAAUGCUAAUCCAUGUUCCACACGGCCAAGGAAACAUCCCUCAACCAGAGAGAUCAACCAGCGCCUUUUAUUUUAGGCCGUCGGCGGUGCAGAACGCACUAAUCCGCGACCAACAAAGGCAUUCUUUUCAUUUGGUAGAUCCAAGUCCAUGGCCUAUUUCGGGUUCACUCGGAGCUUUGGCAACCACCGUAGGAGGUGUGAUGUACAUGCACCCAUUUCAAGGGGGUGCAACACUUCUCAGUUUGGGCAUCAUAUUUAUCCUAUAUACCAUGUUCGUAUGCUGGCGCGAUGUUAUACGUGAAUCCACGUUGGAAGGACAUCAUACCAAAGUCGUACAAUUAGGACCUUGAUAUGGUUAUAUUCCGUUCAUCGUAUCGGAGGUUAUGUUCCUUUUUGCUCUUUUUCGGGCUUCUUCUCAUUCUUCUUUGGCACCUACGGUAGAGAUCGGAGGUAUUUGGCCCCCAAAAGGGAUUGGGGUUUUAGAUCCUCGGGAAAUCCCUUUUCUAAAUACCCCUAUUCUCCCUUCAUCCGGAGCUGCCGUAACUUGGGCUCAUCAUGCUAUACUCGCGGGGAAGGAAAAACGGGCAGUUUACGCUUUAGUAGCUACCGUUUUACUGGCUCUACUAUCCACUGGCUUUCAAGGAAUGGAAUAUUAUCAAGCACCCUCCACUAUUUCGGAUAGUAUUUAUGGUUCUACCUUUUCCUUAGCAACUGGCUUUCAUGGUUUUCAUGUGAUUAUAGGUACUCUUUUCUCGAUCAUAUGUGGUAUUCGCCAAUAUCUCGGUCAUCUGACCAAGGAGCAUCACGUUGGCUUUGAAGCAGCUGCAUGGUACUGGCAUUUUGUAGACGUGGUUCGGUUAUUCCUAUUUGUCUCUAUCUAUUGGUGGGGAGGUAUAUGA